CAAUGUUCUAGAAAACAGAAGAAAGCAGCUUUAGAGAGCGAAAGCGGGUGCGAGAAAUCAGAAAAUCAUUGAUGUCGAUUCUGUGGGAGAAGAGCGGGACAUGGAGGUGGCUAGUGAGGCAAACGAGGGAUUCAAAGCCGUUUUUCAUCGGAUUCGCCACCGUUUGCGGCGUCGUUCCGGGCAUUAUUGGUUUCUGCGUAAUGUCGGCGACUAAUUCUCGUAGUCCUGAACUUGAAGCUAAGCUCCGUCAAAACGCUCGCCCUGAUACCCUUAUGAUGGGUCAAGUUAAUAAAGAGAGGUUAGCAGAAUACCUCGGUGAACUGCAGAGAAAGGAGAACACGAAUGACAGAUAUGUUGCAGCUUUAAGGGGCGAAACACUGACAAGGAAACCUUACCAGAGAAUUCAACCAGUCCAAAAGCCAAGUGAUGCUGAAGCAAAGAAGGAACAAAAGUAGGUCACUGCUUAGCUGGUUUUGUUGCUUUACUUUGGUAGUUCUACCUUUCCCAGUGGAUAAAGCUUCGGAAUGGACACAGUUGGAGUUAUUGAUAUAGCUUUUUGAAACUUGUACAAGAGUUUGAAGAAUAUCCUUUGUUGAUUAAUUAAACGUGUGAUUGAAAUACAAGUGUUUGAACCAUAUUAGUUCUAGCAUGAGUUACUUUGCUUACAUCGCAUUGUGAUAUUGUGUUGGGCAUAGGAUCGUCUAAGAAUUUGUCCUAGAGACGCAAGAAAAAUCAUGCUUCUUGCUUUUGGUGUCUCAUCGUAACUCGGAAUAGCCAUUUUGCUUGGUUUCAUGCUC